GUGGCUACAUUUAUGUAGAAGGAAAUUAUUUUUCAUAUGUAUUUAUUUUUCAAACCCAUUUCCUGAUGAGUGAAGUGGGUGCAUUUUAAUCUUUCAAAUAAAAUUGUGAAAAGUUUCCACUUUAGAGUGGCUUAGAAGUACAAUAGAAGCAGUACUUAUCAAAAAUCAGUAAGCACCUUGAUGUUUAGUGUUGGUGUGUUGUUGGAAAACAAAAUUCUUGUGAUUGUUUGUUAGCUAAUGGAGACAAAUUAUGUCUAGUGUCUGCAUAUUUUUCUGAGGCUCAAUUCUUCUGAUGUGCUUAAACUGAACGUCUCAUGCUUUAGGAGAGAAGAUUAGGAGUCAUGUCGGCUCAGAGUGCAAAGAAAAAAAGAAUUGGUUCACGUCGCAGGUUAGCAAACCAAAAUAAAACGUCCGAGGAGACUGAAGAGUCCAACAUAACAGACAGUACCUCUGGUGCACAAUGGUGUGUACAGGAAGAAAUUACUGAAUCAUUAAAUGUAUUGGCUAAUGCUGACAAUUCACAAUCUGAAGCCCAAAAUCCACUGUCACCAGGACUCUCAGAGAACAGAAAAAUAUUAGGGUCUAGUCGAAGAAAUAAAGGCCAGCAUGUCAAGGACUUGGCAACUGAAUUGCACCACAAACCGAGAGAGGAUGUUGAAAAGACCAGAAGUUAUGAGACGCUCCAAACAACACAAAUGUCACUGUCGAUACAACUGAAGAGGAAGGAAGAAAUAAGUCAAGGGAGUCAGCAUGAUAUAAUUUCUGCAGCACAUGACAGCUCUUUGCAUUCAACCAAUAUACCUGACUAUUACUCUGAGGUACAUAAUACUGCAACAAGCUGUCCAGAGGCUGACCUGAAAGGUUCAACUCCCAAAAGUGAAAAUCUGCUAGCAGACCAAGAUGAAAGUGGCAUUGAUUAUAAAGUAGCAACUGAUUCUUGUAAAUCAGAGGACACCAUGACUGGAGGAGCUGACAAAUCUAACACUUCUCAGACUGAGAAACUCGAAGAAAAUGCACAUCUUGUUGUCUCUGAGUUAACUAGUUUAGGUGUACUUUCAUGUUCCACAGUAGGUGAAAAGCAGAUUGACCUAUCACAAACCACGGAGAUGCGAGAAGAACAACUUCCCAAUGUGGAUUUUGUGACAGAAAAAGAAAGCGAUGACACUGACUUGUUAAGGCAAAAUGAAAAUUUCCAGGGCAACUGUUUGCUGAGUGAGUCACAUCAGAAUUCCGUAGAUAUACAGUUUUCUAACACACAAGUGAUAACCUCAGAUAGAAGCAGCCCCAGGAAAAAUGCUGAAUUUGAUUGCAGUGUUGAGCAAGCAAUAUUUUCAUCACCAAACGAAGAUGAACAAAAUGAUCAUUUCAACUUUCAAGUCAGUGGUUCUCAGCAUUCAGAAGAUGCUAUGAACAAUGAAAGUAUGACACAUGGUGCCACAGAAAAGUCUGAAAUGAUCCCUGGGCACAUUAUAGACCAAGCUGAAGUCAGUGACACUUACCAACGUGAGUUUAUUGCGAAAAGUAGUGAUGAUUCGGCUGCCAAGCAGGAAGAUUCAGAUCCUGAAGAUCAGGAAGUGCAUCCCACAAAAGUAAACAGCUCUGAGGCUUUGGACCACACAAAUGAGGAUAAUUAUGUAUAUGAUGCCAAUGAAUUACAAAUCAGUGGCAUAGAGAGAGCACAGGCUGCACCAGAUCAGGUAAAUGAAGGCAGAGUAGAGGAUGAUAUAAAACCCAGUGCUGAACCAACAGUUCAUCAGGAAAAGGAAGGAGUCCUCUCUGAAAUGGAGGCGAGUGAUUCUUCUUUCCAAAGCCGACAAUCAGGAACACAAGCUCCUUUGGACCCCCAGUCCCAGCCUCAAGCAGACGACACAGGCCUGAGCCCCAUGGCGAACAGAAGAAAACUGGGCUCUAGCCGUAGAAAUAAAGGACGACAGCAUGCGAUGGGUAAAUCAAACCACAGACCCACAGAAGAAGUUGUUGGAAAUACAGAUGAUUAUCAACACCUUGAAACAACCAAAAUGUCAUUAGCAGUAGAGACUGAAGAAGUUAAUGAUCAAGUGGGAGAAAAUGCACGUGUUGGUACACCUGUUGGAAUCACUGAGCUUAUUACUUCAAGUUUCCAUUCGAGUUCAACAGUAGAUCAACACCUAAUCGACCGGUCAAAUUCCACUGAGAUGGCAGAAGAAGAACUUCCCAAUGUGUAUUCUGUAACAGAAAUGGAAAGCAAUGAAAGAGACGAGGACACCAACUUGUCAUAUGUGAAAUCAGAAGAUGCAGAAUCUUCUGUCACAGCAGACAUAACCACUGAACAAAGCAGCCCAGGAGAAAAUACUGACAUUGAAUGCAGUGUUGAGGAAGCAGCAUUUUCACCAUCCAAAGAAGAGCUGUGUUCAAAUGAGGAACAUAAAGAGCAUCUAAAUCUAUCUCAAGUCAGAGGAUCUCUGCAUUCAGAGGAUGUUGUAAAUAAAGUGCAUGAAGAGGAGGUCAAACCGACGCAAAUGCAUCAAAUUGAUUUCUUCCAAACUGUGGAGAGUGAAUCCUCUUUACAGAUUCUGCAAUCAGAAAUGAAUGUUCCUUUGGAGUGUCAACCUCAGGACAAUUCUGUGAGAACAGAGGAACAAACCCACACAGGCUUCAGCCCUGUGGGGAACAGAAGAAAACUGGGGUCCAGUCGUAAAAGUAAAGGAAGACAGCAUGCCAAAGACCCUGUUACAGAAGCACACUAUGAACCCAAAGAAGAAUUUGUAGAAAUUCCAAGGGGUGAUGAAGUCCUUGAAACAACAAAAAUGUUGUUCGCAAUAGAGACAAAUGUGCAGGAGAAAUCAAUGGGAACCAUUCUGGAAGGAAUGGACACUUUUGGCGCUUCGCAGGCUGAAGAAGUUAGUGAUCAACUCAAGGAAAAUGUACAUUUUGGCCCAGUCAUUGGCAACUUUGAGCUUACUACUUCAAGUUUACAUUCAGGUUCAACAGGCGAUCAACAGCUGAUUGACCAAUCAUAUUCCAAAGAGAUGGCAGGUGAUGAAAUUUCCAAUGUAACAGUGAAAGAAAGCAAGGAUAGAGAUGAGGACACUGAAUUGUUCAGGCAUGAUGGAAAUUUACAGAGCAACUAUUUGGUGAGGGAGUCACAAUUUAAGUCAGAGGAGAUAGAGUUCUCUGAGACACCGGACAUGUCAACAGAAAAACUCAGCCCCAGAGAGCAUGCAGAACCUGAACGCAGUGUUGAGCAAACGAUAAUUUCAUCAACAAAAGAGGAGUUGCCUUCAAGUGUGGAAGAAAAUGAGACUGUCAACUUAACUGAGGUCGAAGGUGCUCAUCAUUUAGAGGAUGCUGUGAACAACAUUCGUGAACAGGAGUUUAAGCCAACACAAAUGCACGAAAUCAAUCACUCCUUGGAAAUUGUGAUACAUGAUGCCACAGAAAAGUCUGAAAUGAUCCCUGGGCACAUUAUAGACCAAGCUGAAGUCAGUGACACUUACCAACGUGAGUUUAUUGCGAAAAGUAGUGAUGAUUCGGCUGCCAAGCAGGAAGAUUCAGAUCCUGAAGAUCAGGAUGUGCAUCCCACAAAAGUAAACAGCUCUGAGGCUUUGGACCACACAAAUGAGGAUAAUUAUGUAUAUGAUGCCAAUGAAUUACAAAUCAGUAUCAUAGAAAGAUCACAGACUGCACCAGAUCAGGUAAAUGAAGGCAGAGUAGAGGAUGAUAUAAAACCCAGUGCUGAACCAACAGUUCAUCAGGAAAAGGAAGGAGUCCUCUCUGAAAUGGAGGAGAGUGAUUCUUCUUUCCAAAGCCGACAAUCAGGAACACAAGCUCCUUUGGACUCCCAGUCCCAGCCUCAAGCAGACGACACAGGCCUGAGCCCCAUGGCGAACAGAAGAAAACUGGGCUCUAGCCGUAGAAAUAAAGGACGACAGAAUGCUAUGGGUAAAUCAAACCACAGACCCACAGAAGAAGUUGUUGGAAAUACAGAUGAUUAUCAACACCUUGAAACAACCAAAAUGUCAUUAGCAGUAGAGAUUGAAGAAGUUAAUGAUCAAGUGGGAGAAAAUGUACAUGUUGGUACACCUGUUGGAAUCACUGAGCUUAUAACUUCAAGUUUCCAUUCGAGUUCAACAGUAGAUCAACACCUAAUCGACCGGUCAAAUUCCACUGAGAUGGCAGAAGAAGAACUUCCCAAUGUGUAUUCUGUAACAGAAAUGGAAAGCAAUGAAAGAGACGAGGACACCAACUUGUCAUAUGUGAAAUCAGAAGAUGCAGAAUCUUCUGUCACAGCAGACAUAACCACUGAACAAAGCAGCCCAGGAGAAAAUACUGACAUUGAAUGCAGUGUUGAGGAAGCAGCAUUUUCACCAUCCAAAGAAGAGCUGUGUUCAAAUGAGGAACAUAAAGAGCAUCUAAAUCUAUCUCAAGUCAGAGGAUCUCUGCAGUCAGAGGAUGUUGUAAAUGAAGUGCAUGAAGAGGAGGUCAAACCGACGCAAAUCCCUCAAAUUGAUAUCUUCCAAACUGAGGAGAGUGAAUCCUCUUUACAGAUUCUGCAAUCAGAAAUGAAUGUUCCUUUGGAGUGUCAACCUCAGGACAAUUCUGUGAGAACAGAGGAACAAACCCACACAGGCUUCAACCCUGUGGGGAACAGAAGAAAACUGGGGUCCAGUCGUAAAAGUAAAGGAAGACAGCAUGCCAAAGACCCUGUUAAAGAAGCACACUAUGAACCCAAAGAAGAAUUUGUAGAAAUUUCAAGGGGUGAUGAAGUCCUUGAAACAACAAAAAUGUCAUUCGCAAUAGAGACAAUGAGGCAGAGCAAAUUUAAAAAGCAAACCGACCUAGAUCUAACAUCCACUCAGAAAACUGGAAAAAUUCGAUCAGCUGUAAAUGAUGAAGAAAGCAUGGAAAAGAUGCGAGAGGGAGGCAUAAUUUUGUCACAGAAUACUUUGGAUAAUACUGAAAGUGUGACAAUAGACAAUGCUUCAAGUACAGACAAAGAUGACUCUGUCAAAUCCAAGAACAUCAAUGAUGAGGAAAAGAAUCCCAUAAAAGAAUCUGAGACUUUUAGUCAACUUACAGGAUAUGACACAGUUAAUUAUGUUAUAAUCAAAGAUUGUAACACAGAAGUGGGGAGGUCAGUGGAAGUUUUUAGACAGGAUGACGUUGGAGAAAAUGUUGAAGACCCUGCAAACAAAGACCGCGAAGCCCAAGAAAUGAAAGCUUCACAGGCAGUCACACAUGCUGAACGCUUUUCUGCCACACACAACAAAACCGAAACUUCAGCUGCAUUUGUUCCAGGGGAAAAUGUGAGAGCAGAGCUAGUUGUGGUUAUGCCUGAUGAAAGUGUAGUAUCUACAGCGGUGGAUUCAUGUAACAGUCAACAAACGAUACAAGAAAAAACUAAUUUAGCUAACUGUGAAAACCUGCAGGGAAAAUCCAAACAGAAGAGGAGAAAGAUGGGCUCGACUCGACGCCCUCAGCUCAGUCGGAAGCUGGAGGAAGAAAUGGACAGCAAAGAUGAAACCCAAGAAAGUGACUUUAACACGCAAACUGACGCCAAAAACGUUGACAGAACGGAAGUGAUGGAGGAGUUACCAGUGGUUCUAACUGCAGAGGUAUCACAGAAUGAAAAUGCAAAACCAUCACUGAAUCCUGUGUAUAAAGAGCAACAGGAAACUGAUGAAACUAGUGCUGUAGACAACAAGGGGCAAAAGCUACAGAGCAGCAUGAUAUCAGAUAUAGAUGAUUCAACAGCUCUCCUUCCUGGACAGUCUGCCUCCAGCCAUGAAGAAGUUAAACCUGCUAUGUUUGUUCAUGUAUCUGAUACAAAGGAUAAUGAGACGCAUGUAAAUCUUAACAUGGCACCUUUGGUGUCAAAUACUGAAGACAUUACAAACCCUGGUCUCACAGGAGAAAGGAGGAGCUUUGUAUCCACCACACAGAGUACACAAAAUGAUGAGGAAAGGUUAGAGAGUAUGAAUGUAACACAACACGAAGCUUUGAAAUCAGCAGAAGCACCAGCUGUGGCUGUGGUUGAUUUGGAAAUAAUGAAAUCUGUAGUCAGCGGAAGAGGUGGAGAAGAGCACAAAGAUGCCCAGGCUAGUAUACAUGAGCCAAACAAUCCGAAUGGUGGAGAUCACAAUAAAAAUCUCGAGAUGAAGAAUGCAAGCCCAAAUUUAAAUUCAACCAGCAGGAGAAGAAAAAUGGGCUCCACACGCAGAAAUCUUGGAUCGCGAAGCAAAGGGGAAGACUUGCACCAAAGGCAGGGGGAGGAUGAUGAAGCAACAGAAGCUGCAACAGAUCUUGGAGAUGUAAAAAUGGGGGGUUUCAAAACAGAUGAUGGUGACUCUGAACGAAAGAAGGAAAAACUAUUUGAAACAGCAGAGUACAGCCACACGAGUGAGUCUCACUCUGAACCUCCAUCUCAACAGACAGUAGAAGAAAUUCUAAUUUCUCAUGGCCAACCAAAAGCAACAGAGCACCACCCAUCUCCUAAUUAUUUACCUGCAUCGCCAUCCAGCACUCCCAAACAUGAUGCAGUGUCAGAAACAGCAUCCGGUGGGAGAAGGAGGAAACUGGGAUCUCACAGGAAGUCACAUGGACACCAAAGCAAUGAAAACGGAAUUGGAAGAGGGAAUGGAACAGCAGAUACACAAACUGAGAGAGAUGUGAGAAGUAUCAUCAAUGAAAGUGCCAUCAAGAGAGCUGAAGAAGAACCUGUUGCUCUGGACAAAAUAUCAGAGGUUGAUGAAUGUGACAAGAAACCAUCAUCCAACAUCAACGCCUCAAAGACAGGAGGGCCCACGAUGCCAGUGAGUGAGAAGACUGUUGCACAAGUGACUCCAGUUCCGUCUCCUUCUGCUGAAAUCCGCCUGAGUCAGGAGAGUCAAAAGAUGUUUUCUCUGGAGGGUAGUUCCAGAGGGGGUGCUCUAAGGUCACUCCCUUACAAUGUGAUGAUGGUUGGAGACAGCAGUGUGGGCAAAACCUCCUUCAUGAAAAGAGCUCAUACGGGGAAGUUUUCCUUAGAUUUACCCGCCUCUGUUGGACUUGAUUCCUGCAAAUGGACUGUGGUAGUGGAUGGAAACCCUGUGGUGCUGCAGCUGUGGGAUACUGCAGGUCAAGAAAGGUUUCACAGCAUCACAAAACAGAUUUUCCAUAAAGCCCAGGCAUUUCUCUUGAUGUAUGACAUCACUUCCCAUCAGAGUUUCUCUGCAGUCAGCUACUGGGCCAACUGUAUUCAGGAAGGAGCUGCAGAAAACGUGACCAUUUUACUUCUUGGGAAUAAGAGUGAUCACGCAGAACGGAAAGUUAAAACUCAGGAGGGGGAGAUUCUGGCUAAGGAGUACAACUUUGGUUUCAUGGAGUGCAGCGCUGCCACAGGUGACAAUGUGAUUCAGUCUUUGGAAACCGUGGCCAGGAUGUUGAGUCAAAAAGAUGACACAAGAAGGGAAACAACACAGUUGCACAAAGAGCCUCAACAGAAAAAAUCAGGAUGUUGCUGAAGAGAAAAACCUCUGCAGCUGGACAGUCUGUGUGUAUUUUAGAACUUUUACUGGUUCUAAUCCAAUAGUUACAUUUGAUAAAUGAUAAGUAAGUGAUCAAGAUAAUUAUUAUCACAUAAUGAACAAUGGGGGUUUUUGAGCAUUUUGCAGUGUUUUAUCUUGUUCGAUUGAUUUUCCUCGUGAUCUCUUUAUGAAAUGUCAAAUGACCACAUGAAGUGAAUAUCGACCCAGACUGUUAUGUUUCCACUUGAAGAUGUAGAAAAUUUUUGUCUUACUAAGAAACUUAAGUUGCAGUACUUUCACUUCAGAAACAUUUCCUUAGUUGAAAAAUGAAAAUGAUUUCCUCUGUAGAGUACAGCUAUUGAGUAUUUGCCCUGCAGUGUCUACACUCCAUGCUUAUUAAUUUUACUACUGUGGUAUCAAUAUUCAAUAAAUCUAGUGUCUAGUAUAUACUAGUAUAUACAUUUAAAUCUAUACAUUUAGAAAUCUCAAAAGGCAAAUUACCUCUUGGAAGUUAGAAAACAUGGUUCCAAACUGAUAUUAACAAGAGUCUGGUGAAUUUUGAGUAUGUAAUAAAUGUGGUAGUAUAUUUCAGUGUUUACAAGCAAUUUGUGCAAUAUGCUGUUGAAGGAGAGCACCUUUUCAUCUUUGUAGCUGUUCAGCUCACAGAACACAAUACAUUCAGUGUAGCAUGAUUUUGUACGUUUACCAUCAGUUAUAAAUGGAUGCUGAUGGCAGGCGUCUGUUUGCAGUUAUCACACAGCUUCCAGCUCAGCCCAAAUUAUCAUAAAUUAAUUUCAUGUCUCUGUAAAAGUGCCGGUAAAAUACUUUUGUGCGUGUUUAAUAUACAUGUCAAAUUUUUAUUUUUUUUUAAGUUUCCGUGCAUUUCCCUGCAGCUUGUGUCAAUAAACGCCCAAGUGUUCUAAUGUUAUGUCUCAUGUUUAAUAAACCUCCAAAACAACA